GCGCGAUUGUAUACAUACGUAGAAUACAUUCAACGUCGAGCAGUCGAUACUCGGCACGGUUGAAAUUAUCACGGUAUACACACGGGUCAGCGAGUGAUAUCGCGAGUACAGGACAGGGCCCGCGGGCACGUCAUUUCUUGUCAGUCGGCGGGAAUCAUCGCGAUCGUACGCAUGUAUACGUUUAUCAUUAUCACUCGCUCGAUGACACUGAAAAUACUAAUAAAUACGCCUAAUCAGUGAAAGAGAGAGGCGCGCGAUAUAAAGGCGAAAACAAGUUCGUGAUCGAUACUUCUGAAGAGGCUGAAGAGGAAUGAAGUAAAUUAUACCGAUCAAGUUCUGGAAUACGUAUGCUCAAACCGAGUAAGAGUGUACUACUAUAUAGUGGUGUCGUUACCUUUAGUCAAAGUGUAUGAGAAAGUGGCGGUCGAGAAGACUGGCUUCGCUGAUACCUCACAAGGUUUACAAGAAUACUACAGGGUUCUCUAAUCAGGGCCGAUUAUACCAAGGAUCAUUCAAAAUUAAUGCACUUUAAUGCAAUCGAAUUUUUUCUCCGCUUAUGCUAGGGCGUUGUUUCUGAAGAAACUGAAGAGUCACGAAUUAAAUAGUUCCGAUCAAGAUCUACAAUGCGAAACUUCCAGCGCGGUAAAAUCUGCACGCGUUCCACGUCGAUUGGGAAACGUCGGGAAUCGCCGAGCGAUGUUUUAUUUGGACGGAAGAGACGGCGCCGCCGCCGCCGCCAAGUGCGGCUCGUCGUCACCCAACGGAGAGGAGAUCUUCGGCUGGUGGUUGAGCGAUCGGGAGAUCGCGGUAUCGCCUAGAUCGCAUCGCGUCAGGGAUCAUCGAUCACCCGGAUCGUCCUGCAUCGACUCGGACGAUUCGGGUAGCUGGAGCUUCGUGCAGAAUGUGUCGCGACAGAAGUACGAGAGUGGAAUCCACGAAAAUAACGAGUUCAGCUCGUUCACGCGGGACACCGAGUUGAUCGAGAUAAACACGAGGGAAAUGAACAGUUUGUCCGCGACUGUUGUAACCGGCAGCGAGGUUGGCAACGUCAAGGAGGAACGCGUCAAUCCCGUCUGCUACACUCCGGAGAGACUGAUCAGAUCUCAAGAAUACCGGAUACUCGUACCAUCCCCUCACCGCUUCGCCUACUCCCAAGCGAGAUUCACGCCGGAGAACGAGAGCGGAGAAUGGAAGUUCCACCGAAAGCGAUUGAGCCGUUUCAUCGAUCCCAGGCAAAUCGGUGUAACGCAGCUGAGGACACUUCUAAAUUUACCGAACGCGGAUACGACAACAUAUAUGAUUUCUGAGCGCGGACAAUGGACCGCCGAUGAUCUUAACACGUUGGCAAGAUCGAAUGACUCAGACUGCAGCGUGCGAAGUACGAAGACGACCGAUAGCAGCAGAUCGAGCUACCAUAGACUGAACUCCACUUGGGACGAUUGCAAGGAUCCAACCACCAGGCCGUCCUCCCUGGAGGACACUUCCGGUAUACAGAGUUACGAUUGGAGCUUGGAGACCCAGAGUGACUCGCGAAACACACCGAUGUGCCUUUGCGACGAGCUGGCGAUCGCGUUGAAUGCUCGCACUGCGCAUUUCGUUAACGAUCGAGGUACCAACGCCAUCAACGAGAUAGGUAUCUUGGAAGAUCUUCGGAACGAUCCCAGGAAAGUGAUGGUUCUCCUGGAGGAGGAGGAUCGAUUCUGCAACUGCACGUCCUCACAUGACCAAUUAACCAGACUGGCUCUGACUAUAGAGACGGACGUGGAAGCACCACCGGCUCUCGACGAUUCGAAUAAUUGGAUACGCCACCUUCGCGAUAGAAUAGAACAGCUGCAGCUCGCCAAUAGAGAGAUCCUUGGGGACAUACGCGGUUUACGUACAAACUUUCAGUGCGAUGAAAAGAAAGCGAUCAAUUUGUCGAGUGACACAAUGAGAUUGUUAGAAGACGUUCACGAUCUGAGAUAUUUUGAUGACCUGAUUAAACUCCUGGGAGGAGACCUCGACAAAAUCUCCCGAAGAAAUUGGCCGUUUAUUCUAGGACACAGCAAUCCUCACGAAGAGAUGAAUCUGAUAAUUUGAUUAUGCUCUUAAAGAUCGCCGUAGAUCUCGAAGAUUAUGAUCUCAAAAAUAAUUGCGAGUAGUCGAUACGCAGGGUAAAAGAAUUGUCUUCAAGAAGAGAAUGUAAAUGGUGACAUCUUCUCUUCAAUAUUCCCAUUUGAUUUCAUAAAAGCGAAGUAUCUCUUCUUUCGGCUCGGUGACUUAAAUAUUUUCAUGAAAAUACUAAUUUAGUGAAUGAUCUCGAAGAAUAAUUUUAGUUAGUAUAAAAGAGAGAAAGAUUGAACCGUGGAUAUUUCGACGUUCCAAAACAAACGAAGUAAUCUCGGCAGGGAAGUCGACUCCAUAAUAUAUUAUCGAAAUAAAUCUUGUGCAAAUAAUUAUUAAUGAAACUUGUAAUAUAUUCCGAAUAGAUUUUGUUUUUUUCUUUUUUAUAAAACUUUCAACAAGAUGUUUAAAUUUUUUUAAUUUUUGUAUUUACAUAUUUGCACAUAUUAAGAAAAAUAGAAAGCAAAUAUAUACAUUUAUUAUUACUAAACAAUUUAUUUUUUAUAAGUCAUACAUAUUUAAAUCCGUGUACAUAAUAGCACCGAGUAAAAAAAUUUCUAAUGUAACAAAUCGUUGCUACUCGUCACGCUAUUUUUAAUCACUAUCUAUCGCCGCGUUUUUGCCGACACUUUUAACAUACUCGUCUGUAACUACCACAUCGCGUUAAAUAGCCAUAUUUUUAUAAGUUAAAUCUACACUUUGUGAAGU